AAGAAGAGCCCAACCUGGAAGCGUCCGUCAGCACACGCCCUUUUCAGACUUUCCCUGUUGUUCCGUAUCGACAUAACUUUCUGCUCUUAUCCAUUAUGUCGUCCCGGAAGCGAUUUGUGGCCGGCGAAGAGAUGGCCGGCGGUGAGGGGGCCGGUGGCAAGUUGAGCAAGGCGGGAAGCGGGAAACGACACAUCGCCGCACUCGUCCUGGCGAGGGGCGGAAGCAAAGGGAUCCCCUUGAAGAACAUCAAGAUGCUAGCCGGGGUGCCGCUCAUCGGAUGGGUCCUCAGAGCAGCGGUGGACUCCGAACUGUUUGACAGUGUUUGGGUGUCAACUGAUCAUGACAAGAUCGAGGAGGUGGCCUUGGCUUGGGGUGCCCAAGUUCACCGCCGGAGUCCCGAAGUCUCCCGAGACUCUUCGUCGUCGCUUGAGACCAUGCAGGAGUUUAUCCGACUCAAUCCACAGGUGGACAUCGUGUGCCACAUCCAGGCCACGUCGCCGUGUCUCCACCCAUUCCACCUCAAGGAGGCCUUGGAGUUGAUCACCCUGCAUGACUAUGACUCUGUCUUCGCGGUGGUCCGCAGGCACCAGUUCCGCUGGAAGGAGGUCAAGAAAGGAAGUCGUGAAUUGACCAAAGCCUUCAACCUGGACCCAUCCAACCGCCCUCGGCGUCAGGACUGGGAUGGCGAGCUGUGUGAGAACGGCUCAUUCUACAUUAACACCAGAGAGCUCAUCGUGCAGGGGCACCCGCAGAGUGGGAAGGUCUCCUACUACGAGAUGCUUCCAGAGUACAGCGUGGACAUUGACGUCGACAUCGACUGGCCUGUCGCAGAGCAGAGGGUCCUCAGAUACGGCUACUUUGGCCGGGGGACUCCGGAAGUGGUUCGCCUGAUGUUCUGUAAAGUGUCGGGAUGUUUAACGGACGGAAAGAUCUACCUGUCGGCGGGCGGAGACGAGAUGAUGUCCAUCAACAGCCGAGACACCGCCGCCAUCCGCAUGCUGCAGAAAGAGGACGUGGAGGUGGUGCUGUUAACCUCCUCCGAGGACCCGGUGGAGCAGACGUUGGCCGACAAAUUGGCCAAGUGGACGGGCUGCCAGGUGAUGCGGGUGGGAGCCGAGCCCAUCGACGAUUUGGCGUCCGCGUUGGAGUCCAGGAAGUUGGUUUGGAAGGAUGUGGCAUACAUGGGUAACGACGCACCGGAUGUGGACUGCCUCAACCUGGCCGGCUUGAGCGCUGUGCCCGCCGACGCGCCGACGGUGGCCAUCAACGCAUGCAAGUACACCUGCCGCUGCGUGGGCGGCAACGGCGUCGUCCGGGAGUUUGCCGAGCACAUUCUGAUGCAGAAGGCGAAGGCCAAGUCUCAACUGAAGCAGGACCGCAUCAACUGACAUUAGAUGCUGAAACUUGACUUUUUUUUUUUUUUGUGAUUAGAAUCGAAGACUGAAUCAAGGCUUGCUUGUUUCGCUGCGUUACAAUCAAGUUUCACUCCACUUUGUAAUUUGUGGUGUUGAAGUUAUGAAGCAACUGUGGGCAUGUGCUAUUCAAGCCCGUCACAAUGAAGGAUUGAGGUGGCAUGCCCACGAAGUAUGCUAAUGCUAGUAGCUAGUAGCUCACCCCCCUCCCCACAAUCCCUGCAUUAAAGUCAGUAAUUUCACAAAAUUGAGAGAAUUAAAAAUUGUUUGCAACAGUAAAAAAAAAAAAAGAUCAUUUCAGUUACAA